AUGACUCGGACUACCCAUUCAGCUUACCAUAGCCAAGAGGAGGCAUUAGAUAACGCCAUCGUGAAGUUCCCAGCUUCCUACGAGGAAGGGGUUGCAUCUGCCUGCGACGUGUUCAAACUUUCAAAUCAUUUGCCAACGAAUGGCAGUGUUGAUCAUAUCGAGCUGCGGUACCCCAUUUCAAUACAAGGUGCCGCAUCCAAAAUUUGGGCAAAGGUUCUUGCGAGUCAGUGGUCUGAGAUUGUGGACGGUUCUACUCCCGAGAUGGGUGUCUUUGUAUUGGGAGAUAAGGCACCACCGGGAUAUGAAGAGAACACGGUGAAGCAGGUAGAAAAAAGCAGUCAUUUGGCCGGAAAACAGGUAUCGCAAAUCAUCAGAUGUCUGAUGGCUUAA